ACCUUUGAGAUCCAAGUUUAUCGUCAAAGCAACCAAACACAUAAAGAGAGAUUCAAUACAAAAGAAAAAGGUUUCAAAAAAAAAAGAUAUGGCAGGACUCAUCAACAAGAUCGGAGAUGCACUCCACAUUGGAGGAGGCAACAAGGAAGGUGAGCACAAGAAGCACGAAGAAGAACACAAGAAACACGUCGAUGAGCACAAGAGUGGCGAGCACAAAGAAGGUAUCGCUGACAAGAUCAAAGACAAGAUCCACGGUGGAGAAGGCAAAAGCCAUGACGGUGAAAAGAAAAAGAAGAAGGACAAGAAGGAGAAGAAACACCAUGGAGAUGGUCACCACAGCAGCAGCAGUGACAGCGACAGCGAUUAAGGUGAGAAAGUGAGAAGGAUCGCUUAAAUAAACCAGAUCUGCUUCUGAGUAUUAUUGAUUAAGUCUGUUCCUAUCCUCUUAGAGACGGGAUUAAAGAAAGGAGAACCGUGCAUCUGUCUUCGUUUGUUGUGUUUUUGUUUUCUUGCCAUGAAAAUAACGCUCAUGUAUCUUAUCUAAAUCUAAAUUAAUAAAUCCAUGUAUCCUAACUUGUUAAGAAGUUUUAUUUUAAGAAA